AGCAGGUUAAACGCGUCUCUUCCGGUCUCUAGCCUGCUUUGCUAUGGCUCACGUUGGCUCUCGCAAGCGCUCGAGGAGUCGCAGUCGGUCCCGGGGUCGGCGGGGGUCAGAGAAACGAAGUAAGAAGAGUAAUAAGGAGGCCUCGAGGAACUGCUCAGCCUCCAAAUCCCAAGGUCACAAGGCCAGCAGCACCUCCGGUGCUGAGGAGAGAAGCAAGCACAAGGCCCGGAGGACAGCGAGAUCCAGCUCCUCCUCCUCCUCUUCCAGUUCUUCCAGCUCUGCAUCAUCCUCAUCCUCCAGUGAUGGCCGGAAGAAGCGAGGGAAGCCCAAGGAUAGGAAGAGGAAGAAGAAGAAGAAACGGAAGAAGAAGCUGAAGAGGAAGGACAAGGAGAAGGCAGUGGCGGUGCACCCGGCGGAAGCUCCGCCCGGCCCCUCACUAGAUCAGUGGCACAGAUCAGCUGGGGAGGACAACGAUGGCCCAGUCCUGACUGAUGAGCAGAAGUCUCGUAUCCAGGCCAUGAAGCCCAUGACAAAGGAGGAGUGGGAUGCUCGGCAGAGUGUCAUUCGCAAGGUGGUGGACCCAGAGACUGGACGCACAAGGCUUAUCAAGGGAGAUGGUGAAGUUUUAGAGGAAAUCGUAACCAAAGAACGACACAGAGAGAUCAACAAGCAAGCCACCCGAGGGGACGGCCUAGCCUUCCAGAUGCGAGCAGGCCUGCUUCCCUGAGGGCCUUGGUCUCCCAGGUCUGUGAACUACCGUUGGUGGCUUGGAGACAGACGAGUCCAGUUGCCUUUUCUUCUGUGGGUGGCCUCUGGCCCAGGCCAGCAUCUGGGUGCAGUGGGUGACCUCCUAAGCACUAGACUGGGAGAGUGUCGAUAUUAAAUGAUCUUGGUCAGAG